GCGUACGAUCCUGCUGCAGUCGUACCUCCAUACUAUCCGCAGUAUGAUGCCUCAUACUUUCCGUAUGAAGAGCCUGAGCGUGAUCAGCAGCCGCAGCAGCAGUCUCAGGAUCAGCAGCGGCAGCAACCUCCACAACAGUCUCAACAGCAGCCUCCACAGCCUGCUCCACAGCCUGCUCCACAGCCUGCUCCACACCCAGCCCCACAGGCUGGUGCAUACCAGAUUCCAGAGCAGGUUCCUAUAGCUCCCGGUCUUCAUCCAGAUUUGUUGGUGCCACCGAAUGCACCAUAUGCAAGAUAUUCCGUGGAAGACAUUCUCCAGAUGCCUGGACGAGAAGGUUUACCAAUCCUCGAUCCAGAUCUACGACCCGGCACGACUUGGUUUAGAGCGACCAAUAAGGUGGGAAAGAGCGUUGGGAAUCUCAUCAGAUCAAACUUCCGGCACGCGCAUCCGAACUGGACUCUUACACCGGACCAUGUUCGCAUUACUUGGUUCAAGGUCUUUGCGCAAAAAUGGAAUUGGCCUCUUGGGAUCAAUGAGACGGUCAAGGCAGAGUUCUACAAAAAGGCGGGGGCUCGCCUCAAGAACAUUGUUGGCGACUGGAAGGAAAAGUGGACUCAUUACGGGGAUGACUCCAAACAAAGCUACCUCAGCGAGGACGUUUGGACUAACUUGAAGGCUUGUUGGAAUUUGCCUGAGUCAGUCCAAAGGUCUCUCACUUGCUGUGCGGCCCGGAUGACCCGAGAUGCUGAGGGUAAUCUGCCAAUACCUCAUACUUCCGGACAGAUUCCACACGCCCAAAGGGCCCUGGAAAUGGCUGCCGCAGAAGGAGCACCACCGACUCUGGCCCGACUUUACAUUUUGACCCACCAGCAUGCCGAUGGAACUUUCUCUCAUCCUCGAGCAGAGCAGCUCUGCAACGAUGUAGAUGCUCGGAUUCAAGAGGUCCAGACUCAGCUGACGCAAGAAAAUCCGGAUGGUGCACCGGUCGAGCUUUCUCCCAUCGAACAAGACAAAAUUUUUGAGCAGGUCGCUCCGAAGAAAAGGGGACGUAUACCAGGAAUCGGGAGUGUGAAUGAUGUUCCGAGGGCGAGAGUUGAACAUGCUGCUAGACGGGAAGCAGAUUCCUCGUUCCGGAGGGACUUGGAAACUGCGAACCGAACCAUAGCCGACCACAACGACAAAUUUAAGGUUAUGGCAAACAUCUUCGAUAUGCUGUUAGGUUCAACCCCACACGUCGACCCGUCGGUUGCGUCAGCGUGGCAGAGCAUGCGUUCGAGCUUUGCCGGUCCCGACCCUACUCCGGAACAGCAGGCAAAUUUGGAACGGGAAGCGGAUGAGAGGACUGCUGAUCUCUUCGAUGAUAUAAACCUUAAUGUUUAGUUUUUUUC